GUACAAAAAAUUGCGACAAUUGAAAAGUAGUUCUUUCAAAUAAAUUCUAUUUUUUUAUAAUAAACCAUUGCUUACAAUUAUAUCGACAUCGGGAUGAUGUGGUGAUAUAUUUAUUUUUUGCAUUAAAGUGGUGGUGGUGAAAUACAACUGCAAGUACUUAUCAGUGUUUACGAUCAAUCAUUUACUUUUGGUGACGUUUUUAAAUUGCCAACCUCUCAUCAACGUGAACGUGUAAUUUUUUCAUAAAAAUAUUAAAAUAUAGAUGAACCUCAACCAAUUCGAAUAUGUUGUCCAAAUUAGUAAUUUUAAUUGUAUGGAUUAACGUUUUAGUUGAGGGCUUUUAUUUACCAGGAUUAGCCCCUGUUAACUAUUGCAAGAAGGAAGAUGAAUCCGAUACUUGUAAAUCUGAAGUAAAAUUAUUUGUAAAUAGAUUGAACACAGAUGAAUCAAUUAUACCCUAUGAGUACAAUCAUUUUGAUUUCUGUUUGCCAGACAACAAUGAAAAAUCGCCUGUGGAAAACUUGGGACAAGUUGUCUUUGGAGAAAGAAUACGACCUUCAAAAUAUAACAUAGAAUUUAUGAAAAAUGAAACUUGUAAAGAGGUCUGUAAAAAGCAAUACUCUGGGGAUAGAAAUGAAGAUAAUUUGAAACUUGGUAGGUUAAGAAAAGGUAUAAGUCUGAACUAUCAACAUCAUUGGAUUGUUGAUAAUAUGCCUGUUACAACUUGUUAUGAUGCAGACGAUUGUAGAACAGGCUUUCACAUGGGGUGCUAUUCUAGAAACGGAAGACAUAAUUGUGUAAAAGAAGAUGUUGGAAGAGAUGAUGCUUAUUAUAUUUACAAUCAUGUUAAUUUAACUGUUACAUAUCAUUCUGGGGCUAAAGAAGAGUGGGGUAGUCAAUUCCAUGAAAAUGGAGGAAGAAUUAUAUCUGUUAAAGUUGUACCUAGGAGUAUUGAUUACAAAGGUCAUGGAUGUUCAGGUGAAUCAGAGCCGCUUAUGAUACCAAUGAAAAACCUCAAGAGUGGAGAAACAUUCGAAAUUAUCUACACAUAUAGUAUUUACUUCGUAGAAGACAAUGAUGUCAAAUGGUCUUCAAGAUGGGACUACAUAUUAGAAUCCAUGCCACAUACUAACAUUCAAUGGUUUAGUAUUUUGAAUUCCUUAGUUAUUGUACUGUUUUUGUCUGGAAUGGUUGCUAUGAUUUUGUUGCGUACAUUACAUAAAGAUAUUGCUAGAUAUAACCAAAUUGAUAAUGGGGAAGAUGCACAGGAGGAAUUUGGUUGGAAACUUGUCCACGGAGACGUCUUCCGACCACCUCGUAAGGGGAUGCUCCUUUCAGUGCUUCUUGGAUCUGGUGUUCAAGUAUUCUUCAUGUCAUUAGUAACACUAGCUUUUGCUUGUCUGGGAUUCCUUAGUCCAGCUAACAGAGGAGCUCUUAUGACAUGUGCCAUGGUAUUAUAUGUACUCUUAGGAUCGCCUGCCGGUUAUGUUUCUGCGAGGAUUUAUAAAAGUUUUGGUGGAGAAAAAUGGAAGUCAAAUGUUUUGUUGACUUCAAUGUUAGCACCUGGAAUUGUUUUCGGACUCUUUUUCGUCAUGAAUGUGGUACUUUGGGCUAAGGAUAGUUCAGCUGCUGUCCCAUUUAGUACUUUAGUGGGAUUAUUAGCCCUCUGGUGGCUAGUGUCAGUACCACUUACUUUUGUUGGUGCUUUCUUCGGGUUCAGGAAAAGGGCUUUGGAGCAUCCAGUAAGAACCAACCAAAUCCCAAGAUUGAUACCUGAACAAUCAGUUUAUACUCAACCGAUACCCAGUAUAAUAAUGGGAGGAGUUUUACCGUUCGGAUGCAUAUUUAUUCAACUCUUUUUCAUCUUAAAAUCUAUCUGGUCAUCUCAAAUGUACUAUAUGUUCGGAUUUCUAUUUUUAGUUUUCAUCAUUCUAGUAAUAACUUGCGCCGAAACCACCAUUUUGUUGUGUUACUUCCACCUUUGCGCCGAGGAUUACCAUUGGUGGUGGAGAUCGUAUUUAACUUCCGGUUUUACAGCAAUAUAUCUCUUCUUAUACUGCUGUCAUUAUUUCUUCACAAAGCUUCAAAUAGAAGACGCGGCUUCGGGUUUUCUGUAUUUUGGUUAUACGCUCAUUAUGGUGUUUUUAUUUAACCUCUUGACAGGGGCGAUAGGUUUCUUUGCCUGUUUCUGGUUUAUUAGAAAGAUAUAUAGUGUAGUUAAAGUCGACUGAGUAAGUUUUGUUUUUCUAAUUUCAAAGUUUUAUUCGUGAAUUGUUUUUACACUUUUCUUGAAUGAUGUCCAAGUUAUUUAGCAUUGUUGCUUACUGCCUUUUGUCAGAAUCAUCAAGCGAGCUCCAAUUGUGAUAUUUUUUACGGUUUGAAACUGGCUUUAUUUUAAUUACUGCAAAGGGAUUAAGACAAUAACAAAAUUGUUCUUUACAAGAAAUGCUAUUGUAUCUACUAAAUUAUUCAACUUAUUAUUUUGUACAUAUAAAUAAAGUAUACAUAUAUAUUC